AUGGAUUAGAGAUAAGAAAAUUAUAAAGAAGUUUUAAUAGAUUGGAUUUAUAACUUGAAAUACAUUUUAAAUGCGUAUUUAAAUAACAAGAACGUUCCUCCAGGUCACCCAAUCUACAUUUUGGGCAAUCGCAUCGAUAUUGAAAAUAAUGAUAUUGAAGAUCGUAUCAAUAAAAUUAAGUAGUUAGUUUAAGAUACCAUUUGGAUUACAUACAGAAGGAAUUUCCCACCUUUAUAUUAAUCAAAUUACAUCUCAGAUACCGGUUGGGGAUGUAUGCUUAGAGUAGGGUAGAUGGCCAUGGCUUAAAUGCUUAAGAAACACCUAAAAAAUCAUGGAGAUAAGAGAGAUGAAGAUUAUGAUAACAUUUUAUUAGCCUUUGCUGAUAAUGAUUCAUAAGAGUGUAAGGAGUUUAUAGAAUUUUAAAAUAAAAAGGAGAAACAAAAAGUCCACAAUUUUAUUUGUCCAUUCAGCAUUUAAAAAAUAGCUUAUUUAGCUAAAAAAGAAUUCAAUUUAGAUCCAGGGGAAUGGUAUAAACCCAAUUAUAUACUAUUUCUCCUUGAAGAAUUGCACAAUACUAUACCCAUUAGAGCAUCUGAAAAUCUCAAAUUGUCGGUGUUUAAUGACUCCUGCCUUUUUCUUGAUCAAUUGAUGAACAGAAUGUUCGAUAUCAAAUUUGAAACUGAUAAAGAUCUAGAAGAACAAUUGGAAAAGACUUAACUAAAAAGCAAAAACAGUUUAGCAAUAUUUGUCUUAACAAGAAUUGGUUUAGAUGAACCCAAUCAAAAAUACUUGAAAGUGCUUGAUGAACUAAUGGAACUACCAUAUUUCUAAGGUAUUGUUGGAGGCACACCAAAAAGAGCAUUUUAUAUACUUGGUAGAAUUAAUGAUCAUUACAUUUACUUGGAUCCACAUUAUGUUUAGGAAGCUGAGAAUAAAGGUCAGAUUAUUGAAAAUAAAAUGUUCAAUCGAACAUCUUACAGUUGCAAAUAUAUUCACUUAUUAAAUCAAAAGCAUGUAGAUACCUCGAUGGGACUAUCCUAUUAUAUUCGCAAUAAAAGUGAAUUACUUCAAUUUUGGAGAGAUAUGAAAAAAAUAAAGCAAAAAUCCGAUGAUUUCUUCAUUUUCCUCUCAGAUACUACACCUGAGUAUGUCGAUUAUAGCAAUUAACUAGAGGAAAGCAGUAACAAACUUAAUGAUGAUGAUGUUGUAUUUUUAUAAUGA